UCAAACGUCUCCCUCCAGCAAUGGAAUCACGGCGGCGCAACGUCGCGGGGGAUCCUAAAACCAUCAGCAAACCACUUGAUGCUGAAGAGUUCUCGUCGAUGAUCCCAAUCGAACUAACCAUAGAGAUAUUUUCGAGGUUGCCACUAAAAUCUAUUGCGAGAUGUCGUUGUGUAUCAAAGCAUUGGGCUUCGAUACUUCUCCGUCCUGACUUCACGGACCUGUUCUUCACCAAAUCGCUGGCUCGACCGAAGCUAUUGUUCGCCUUACCAAAGGUUUGCUUUGAUGUCAGAUCUGAGAAGUACAGCUUUGUUAAACCCCCGGAAGGAGGAAUGUUUAAGCUGAUAAACUUCCAAGUUUUGUCACCGCGCUUUCCAUCCUACCUUUACUACUACAAUUUCGUCAGCGAAGAUAUAUCAAGAGUUGAAAUCCAGGGAAUUGAAGCGUUUAAGAAGGAUUCCGAAGCUCACGUAAUUCUGAACCAUGUCGAGGACGCCAAGAUUAUGGAAUUGUUUUAG